AUGGUAUUGCAUUUAGAAAAUAAUUGUAAAGGAAUAAAUAGUUUAAAAAGUAUACCUCGUCAUGUAAUGCUUUUAGAUGGAUUCAAAGAAAAAUUAUCUGAAGGUAUAUUACCAGAAGGUGUUCAGAACUUAUUUUUAGGUGAUAUAAAACAAGAUUUAACUAUUGAUUCAAUUCCCAACUCUGUAAAGGCUGUUUAUUUAUUAAAUGGAUUCAAUCAAAAAAAAACCUGCAGGAAUGGGAUUUCAACCAAUAAAUUAACCUGCGGUAUAAUACCAGAAGGUGUCAAAACCUUAGAAAUAUGUGAUAUAAAACAACAAUUAACUAUUGAUUCAAUUCCUAAAUAUGUAUCUGAAAUUAUAAUUCAAAGAAAAAUAAAACAAACAAUUAUUCCUUUCCAAAUUCCAAAAAAUAUAACUUUAAAAUAUGCUGAUUAA